AUGUCGCAAACGGUCUCCAAAACGCUGCCGCCACAAUGGCGUAGCGACCAUGUCUUCAAGGUGCCGGAAUGGGUUGAGCCAGUGGCCAUUGUUGGUAUUCUAUUUGGUGCCAUGUAUAUAACCCGGAGGCGCAACUUCUCCAUACUCCGCAAGGGUGUUUAUGAACGCCUCUCGUCGACAGCACCGUCACCUCUACCUCGAUCGCCCCGGUCAUCGACCUCUUCCGAUGGUGAGGCCCUCCUCGCGGCCGACCUGCGGCGCGCAAACCGCGAGCCGAACCACCCCCCGAAGCUCCGCCGCAUAUUCAACGUCUGGACGGUGCAGACGCCCAACUCGUCGCGCUUCGCCCAGCACUGGCACUCGCGGGUGCUGCAAAAGUUCCCGUUCCUGAUCGAGAUGUUCUACUGGAUCCUCACCUACUUCUUCUACCGCAUGACGGCCGUGCUGUCGCAGGUGUGGUACGGUGGUACUAAGGGCCUGUGGGAUGUUGCGCAGAGCCACGGCAUCGCGCUGCUGGAGCUCGAGGCGAGAGUGUUUGGUGCCAGCGGUGCCACGGGAACGGAGCGGUGGAUGGAAUGGAAUCUACAGCAGUGGUACCUCCAGGGCGCCGAGGCAGGGGAUUGGAGGGGCAUCUGGCUUACUGUGCUCAACCGGUCGUAUGCGCUGAUUCACAUUCCCGGAACAGUUGGGUUUAUCGCAUACUACUACUGGGCAGCACCGACGCAUGCGCGCUUCGCCACCGUCCGCCGCACCAUGACUCUGCUCAACCUAUUCGCCUUCCUGAUCUUCAUCAUGUACCCCUGCAUGCCGCCGCGUCUCCUCCCCCGGGAAUACGGCUUCGUCGACACGGUCAACGCCGAGGACGCCGAGUCAGUCUGGAUGAGCGGCAAGUACGUCAACAAGCUGGCGGCCAUGCCCAGCAUGCACUUUGGGUACGCCUUCUGCAUCGGGUGCGUGUUUGUGGUGGAGUCGGGUGUCUUCUCGGGCCUGAGGAGACGGACCAGUCGCGCCCUUUUCGGCUACAACGACGUCGAGACGGCCAAGCCCGCCCUGGACCUCGGCGGCGGCACCUACGGAGGCGAUAACGAAGGAUGUGGUACCAUGGCCGACGCGGAGAAGUCUUACCGCCGCCCGGCCUGCGCGCGCAUGUUCUUCUUCAUCCUGGGCGUCUGGUACCCGAGCUGGAUCCUGCUCUGCAUCAUGGCGACGGCGAACCACUACCUCCUGGACGCGAUAGCGGCGUCGGGCGUCGUGCUCUUGGCAUACCUGUGCAACCGGGUACUUUUCGUCUUCCUUCCGCUCGAGGACUGGCUCCUCUGGGCUCUGAGGCUGGAGAAGCCGGUACCGACGACGGGCUGGGUCAAGAGGGACAGGGGCAGGACGAUUCGCUGA